CGCCAUCUCGCUCAGGUGUCUGGUCAAAACGUCACAUCCUGCAUUUUGACCAUUUCCAAAACUUUACAGCUUACACGUGCCGGAACGUUUUCAGAAAAGAGAUCCGAUCCGGAUCUGACGGAUCCCCUCCUUCCGACGGGCGGUGCGACGCGUGGGUGAAAGCCGCGGAUUGGCGGAACGGGAGGAGGGCGUGGACUCGGUUUCCCAGCUGUUUUCCACCCAUCCAUCUGUUUAUCCAUCCACUCGUCUCACACCACCCAAAGCUCCGCCGAGGAGGCUUUCUGUAGUCACACCACAUCUAAUUAAAAACCCCAUCGGUACCGGAUCUUGUUGUCGCGCACUACACACCGCCCCGUCGUCCUGGCGUGGAGGCCGCGGACCGGCUCCGUUCCGUCCCGCAGCAUCAGUGAUGAGGAGAGCCAGAAGACAGAUGAUGGAUUUGUCUCCUGCGACACACUUGGACCUGGUUCGUCUCGGAAGUGGAGCUCAGAUCCGACAGAACCGGUGAUCAGGACUUGUAUCCUGCAUGUGAUCCGGUAGGCCUUCCCCGGGAGAGUCUGUAAAGCAGUCGUCAUCUCUGUACCGACGGUCUCGUUUCGGUUCUGCUCCGGCUCACGCUGAAUAAGCUGCCUGCCAGCCGGGCGGGAUUAGAGCCCGUCGCGUUUGGGCCGUUAGAGGAAUUCGGUAUUAUCAUGCAUCAUCCCCUCCGUCCUUAAUCCGGCUUCGCUCUCACAUCUCGGUGGAUCUCCUGCUCCGGCUCCCGUCAUGCCCACCUCCCGCUCCGGCGCCGCGCCCCUCGACUACUGGGUGGAGGGCUCCCGGAGGGACGCCACGGUGGAGGACCUGUACCAGAUGGGCUCCGAAUUGGGCAGAGGAGCCACGUCUGUCGUCUUCCGCUGUGAAGAGAAACAGACUCAGAAACCCUACGCUGCCAAAGUGCUCAAGAAAACCAUUGACAAGAAAAUUGUUCGGACUGAAAUCGGAGUUCUUCUUCGCCUCUCCCACCCGAACAUUAUUCGACUGAAGGAGAUUUUCGAGACAGAGACAGACAUCGCCCUUGUACUGGAGCUGGUGACAGGAGGAGAGCUGUUCGACAGGAUCGUGGAGCGAGGCUACUACAGCGAGAGAGACGCAGCGCAUGUCAUCAAACAGAUUCUGGAGGCCGUAGCGAUGUACAGCCGCAUCCUCAACUGUGACUAUGAGUUUGUAUCUCCAUGGUGGGAUGAAGUCUCCCUCAACGCCAAGGAUCUGGUCAGUAAGCUGAUUGUACAGGAUCCACACAAGCGGCUGAGUGUCCUGGAGGCGCUGCAGCACCCCUGGGUUCUGGGGAAAGCCGCUCGCUUCUCCCACAUGGACACCACCCAGAGGAAACUACAGGAGUUCAACGCCCGACGCAAACUCAAGGCUGCCAUGAAGGCUGUGGUUGCCACCAGCCGGAUGCACGAGGGUUCUCGGCGUCGUACCGACAGCUGUGAGAUGCCAGGCUCAGGGGGGUCCCAGCAGGGCAGCAUGCAGCAGGACCCUCCCCCGGAGCCAGUGGGCCAUGCCCUCCGAGCCAAAGAGGCCCCAACUGAAGCCCAGCAGAAAGAGUCCAAACCUGGGGAGCAGUGUGCGCCACCCUUCCCCUCCCCCCCACGAAGCCCCAAACCGCAGACCUUCAACAUCCCGACUCUAGGGGGCAGCCCUGGUUGUCCCAUGCCCACUAGACCACCCCUUAAAGCAGACGGGCUGAGACAAGUGUCCGUAAUCCCCAAAUCAACAGUGUUCCAAACCAGGCUGCCCCAGAAGAGCUGCUCUUCAGUAGAGCCUGCCUCCGGGGCGGAGACUGCGCCCGUAUUGGCCACGCCUCCAAGUCCCAAGAGCCUCAGCAAUGGAUUCCCUGUAGAGGCUGGUAGUAAGACUGCCCAGUGCCAGUAGAACCAGAGCUACACACACAAGCAAACAAACACACACAUGAAAACGCACAUGCACAUAAACAUACAAGACGGAAGACAGAACAGGAAGUGGAGAUGAUGGUUCCUGUCUUAUCUCUCUGAAUGAACUAGGCUGACUGUCGGAGCAGAGUCCACCUGAUUGUAUGGAGAUGAUGCCGUCCUGCUUUAUGAUCUGCUUUAAGCGUUUUUAUCCUCUUUCUACUCUGAAAAGCCCACUGACUCUUUAUGCACUUGCAGCAUAUGGACUGAUAGCAGUCUGUCCUUGUGUAGUCUAUCUUUCAGGUGAGUAAUAUCUCGUAUUUGUGAGCAACUAGUGAAGCCGUAUUGUACAAUAUUCACUCCACCUUAUUAAUGAUAAUAAUCUGAUGUUUGCACUGUAAAUACUUUAAUUUGAGAUGUAUCCCAGAUUCUCUCUUUUAGUCAUUUCCUGUUGUGGUUGACCGACCCUGUUCCCAUCUAGAUAAACAGAAAAGCAGAAAGGUUCUGCACUAUGACCCCUUUCCCAAAUUGAACUCGGACCUUUAUUGAAGAAAAAAGUCAAACUCUGAAACCACACUCGCUACCUCUUUUUAUACAGGGGCUUCCAAAAUGUCAGACAACACUCUUUAAAAAACAUUGAGGAUCUCAGUGGACAAGCAUGAGGCCACUCCAUGAAACUAUAUUGACAGAAAUUCAGAUUGUUAUGUACAGAAAACCGAGGAACGCAUGCGUCGCCAAAGGGCUUACUCUUGGGAAUAAUACUUAUCACUACAAUGCCAUUUUUCUGCAUGUCUUCUUUCAACCUCUCUGCCAAGGGCAUCCUUGACGUUAGCCUGCUAGCAGCCACGUCCACAGUACCUUCUGGCCAGUAAGCUGGCAUCACAUAUUGUCUCACUUCCACAGUACCUUCUGGCCAGUCAGUCUGCAUCACAUACGUUUCACUUCCACAGUACCUUCUGGCCAGUCAGUCUGCAUCCCAUAUUGUCUCACUUCCACAGUACCUUCUGGCCAAUAAGCCUGCAUCACAUACCUUCUCACUUCCACAGUACCUCCUGGCCAGUUAGCCUGCA